AAGGAUUUGUACAAUUACAUUGAUCAGCAAAAGAGAGCUAAGAUAAAUGAUGGCGAUGCAUUUGCUGCAUUAUCUUAUCUCCAAGCCAAAGCAGACAGUGAUAGUUUUAUGUUUUCCAAGUUCACAACCACAGAAGAGGGGAGGCUCGAUAACUUGUUUUGGUCGGAUGGUGUAAGCAGGCUUGAUUACCAUUGCUUUGGAGAUGUUGCUUUUGACACUACGUACAAAAAGAACAAGUAUAACAAGCCUUUGGUUGUUUUUUCUGGGUACAAUCAUCACGGCGAAACAGUUAUCUUUGCGUGUGCCUUAGUAUCCGAUGAGAAGACAGAAACGUACAAGUGGGUUCUGGAAACUUUUUGUGAAUGCAUGUUUGGUAAACAUCCUAAGGCAGUUGUCACUGACGGAGAUGGUGCGAUGCGUGAAGCGAUUAGGGCAGUGCUUCCGAGCUCCUUUCAUAGGCUUUGUGCUUGGCAUCUUCACAAAAAUGCAUGCGAUAAUGUUAAGAACUCACGUUUUCUAGAAGAUCUUAAUCCUCUAAUUUAUGGUAACUUUAGCCCUGAUGAUUUUGAAAGCAGGUGGAAGAAGACCGUUGAUGAACAUGGAGUUGCAAACAAUAAUUGGGUUAAGAAAGUUUAUGACAUGAAGACGAUGUGGGCAAGUGCAUAUAUGCGUGACAAGUUUUUUGCCGGUAUUCGGACAACGUCCAUCUGUGAAGGAAUUAAUUCAUUCAUUAAGCGGUAUGUGCAGAACAAAAACAGCCUUGUUGAUUUUAUGCAUAAUUUUGAAAGAGCCGUAAAAGAGUAUAGACAUAAUGAAUUAAUUUCUGAUUUUAAAUCCUUGUAUACUGACCCUCUGUUGACCACUCCUCUACAUGUCUAUGAGUCGUGGGCUUCACAAGUCUUUACAAGGAAUAAAUUUUGUGAGGUUAGGAAACAGAUUGAGAAUGUUGCUAGACUUAAUUUAGUUGAAAGGGUUGAGCAUGGUGG